AUGGGCAUCAGCUGGUAUCUCUACCUUCUGUUUUUGGCCUUGUAUGUUUUCACAAAACACUUCCUGAACAAAACCCAAAAUUUCCCACCAAGUCCUUUUCCUUGUCUACCCAUCAUUGGCCACUUCUACCUUCUGAAAAAGACCUUGCACAGAACUCUGUCUCAAAUUUCAAACAGAAAUGGAGACAUAGUACUCCUCCAAUUCGGAUCCCGUCCAGUUCUUGUGGUCUCAUCCCCGUCUGCUGCCGAAGAAUGCUUUGCAAGAAACGACAUCAUUUUCGCCAACCGCCCUGGCUUGCUUAUAGGAAAACACUUAGGUUACAACCACACUAGCCUAGUCUUGGCCUCAUACGGAGAAAAUUGGCGAAACCUUAGAGGAAUCGCAUCUAUUGAGAUUUUAUCAGCUACCCGCCUCCAGAUGUUGGCUAGCAUACGCAACGAUGAGGUGAAGUCAUUGAUUCGCAAGUUCUUGGAUCAUCAAAACCAGUCUGUUGAAAUGAGAACAGCGUUCUUUGAGUUAACUCUCAAUGUGAUGAUGGGGAUGUUAGCAGGAAAAAGGUACUAUGGAGAGAACUUGGAGGAUGUGGAGGAAGCUAGACGGUUUGGAGAGAUACAUGUGGAGACAUUCAAGCUAAUUGCCAAAAUAAAUAUUGGAGACUUUUUGCCUUGGGUCAAGUCUAUAGAUUUUGAAAAGAAGUUGAUAGAGUGUCGAAACAAGAGAGACAAGUUCAUGCAGGAUUUGAUAGAACAACAAAGAAGAAGAAUGAUGAAUAAUUGUGAUGCAACAAGGAAAAAGACAAUGAUUGAGGUUUUUUUAUCGCUGCAAGAGUCAGAACCUGAGUAUUACUCGGAUCAGAUUAUUAGAGCCCUCGUACUAGUUCUGUUGUUGGCAGGAACAGAUACUACAGUCAAUGCAAUGGAGUGGGCAUUUUCACUUUUGCUUAACCACCCUGAAGUACUUAAAAAGGCUAAAGCGGAAAUAGAUAAUAGAGUGGGAUAUCACCGUCUAAUUGAUGAGUCCGACCUAGCCCAACUUCCUUACCUCCAUUGCAUCAUCAAUGAAACAUUGCGCAUGUACCCAUCGGCGCCGCUACUACUACCCCAUGAAUCAUCCAAUGAGUGCUUGCUAGGGGGUUUUCAUAUUCCACGUGGCACGACCCUAUUAGUGAAUAUGUGGGCCAUACAAAAUGAUCCUAAGAUUUGGGUGGAUCCGACAAGAUUCUUUCCAGAGAGGCUUGAAGGGCUAGAGGGCACGAGAGAUGGUUUUAGGUUGAUGCCAUUUGGGUCAGGAAGAAGGGGGUGUCCUGGAGAAAACCUGGGACUAAGAAUGGUUGGAUUAACAUUGGGGUCAUUGAUUCAGUGCUUUGAGUGGUCUAGGAUUGGUAAGGAGCUGGUGAACAUGAGGGAAGGAGCAGGCUUCACCAUGCGCAAGGCUCAGCCACUGGAAGCUAAAUGCACGCCAUGCCCAACCAUGCUACAUUUCUCAAACUUGAUCCGAGUUGGCCACUUGACCCUAAGAUGA